AGGAAACGCUGCACCCGGUGAUGACAGAUCCAAAGCAUCAGAGCAAAGCCUCAUCCUCUGGUCUGGGCUCCUGGCGGGCAGGCGGGGAGAACGCUGCCUGCUCCGCCUGAAGCCAGGGUCGGUCGGGCUCCGGCAGAAGGCGCUAUGAGCGCAGAAUCCCUGUGGCUGCUCUGCCUCGGGCUGUGCCUGGGCCUUGCAGACCAGGGAGAGAACGAGAAACUUCCCAGGCCCUCGCUCUGUGCCUGGCCUAGCUCUGUGGUGGAACUGGGGAGCAGUGUGACUCUGCAGUGCCAGUCUGGUUUCCAGAAUGCCACCUUCAUGCUGGGGAAGUUGCACGACCCCGGGUUCAAGCAAGAGCAGAGCUCAGCAGAAACCAAGGCUGAGUUCCCCCUGGCCAGCCUGCAGCCUGAGGAUGCCGGGGCCUACUUCUGUGCCUACAAGACGGCAGCCACCGGCCAGUGGUCAGAGCAGAGCCAGCGCUUACAGCUAGUGGUCACAGGAUCCUGGCCAGCACCUUCCCUCUCAGUCAGUGCAGACCCCGAGGCUGCUCCAGGUCACAGGACGUUGCGAUGCCUGACUCCAAACAAUGGCUCUGAGUGCCUCAUCACCGCUCUGCUGAGAACAGGCACCCCAGACCCCGUGCGAGUCAAGGAGGGGAGAGAAAACCAAACCGACUUCACGCUCCGCGAGUCGAGCGAGGACAGGGGAAACUACAGCUGUGUGUACUACCAGUGCGACUGGCCACACCUGGGCUCCUCCCGCAGCAGCCGCCUGGAGAUGCAGGCGACAGAUGAAACUGAUGGACCUGGAGCUCCCUCCACAAAAACAGGAACUGCGGGUGAAAGAAGCCAUAGUCCAGGAAGUGGGGGGGACGGCCAGGAGGAGGUGAGGCAGCAGACUCUGUGCUUCCACGGACGGUCCCAAAGGUCCCAAACAGAGGUGCUCGCCGGCGUCACUGUCCCUGAGAUGCGCGACUCAGUGCUGCUCUGGAGGGUUCCUGGCAGACCUCAGAAGCAUCCUUGCCGCCACCUUCAGCUGCCUGGCCAUCGUCCUCCUCCUCAUCUGUGUCUUCCUGGUGGACGGGUGGACACGGCAAGAAGCAGCCAUUCCAAAUGUGACAAGCAGGAGACUUCAGAUUUCGCUCACCUGGAAAAUUCACCUGUCCCCAAGGCCUGGGGGACCCAGCAGGAUCGCAGACGUCAGGUUCGUCAGGGUCUCUGUCCCGGGUCGGCAUCCCAGCCUCACAGAACCCACGGUUGGUCUGCUGUGCGUUUUUCUUUUUUCUCCUUUUCUGUUCUGAUCUGGUCUAUUUGCCAUGUUCAAAUUCUGGCAUCAAUUAACAGAGAGUUGGAGGUAGAAUUAUUGUAAUGAUGCAAUAUUUCACAGCCAGUGGCUGCAGAGGAGCAGUUCCUCUCCUCGACCCUGGGCCUUUGUGGCAGUCCCUGUGAGCAUGGGCAGGACACCCCACCUCCUCGAGCACAGCUCGGAGUGGGCCGUCCAGUUGAACCGGCACCAUGUCUCUUCUUCUGCUCUGCCUAAUGCAACCAGCACCAGUGCAUGUGGCCCCUGAGCAUGCAAAAUGCAGCCAGUGGCACCGAGGUCCUGAAUUUCAAUGCAACUUAGAUUAAUGUGGAUUUAAGUAGCCCUCUGUGGCUAGGGACUGCCACAUUGGACCACCCGGCUCUACAGACCCUCUGUAUCCAUCUCCAGGAAGUGACCCAUGUUGAGCUGAACGCCGACUUACCCUCCGAGGUGGCUUCUGUCCCCGCUGAGGUGCCCCCAGCAUCUCGAGAAGGUGCAGAGC